CACUGAGCUAAAUCCUUGGCCCCCAAGCCUUAUUAUUUUUAUCUAAUACGUUAGACUUUGCCCUGCAUGGCUUCUUCUUCUUCUUUUUUUUUUUUUUGUACCGGGUAUCAAACUCAGGACCUGUGCUUGCCAGGCAGGCGGUGGCACCACUGAGCUAAAUCCCCGGCCCAUGGCUUCUUGAUAUAAUCAUCUUUAAGAGAAAAUGCUGAACAAUCAGAGCCCAGAAAAGCAACAAUGACUAUUUUGCAUGCCAGGAAGGAGAUAAAGGAAGUGGAAGUAUAACCAAAUAAUGCUGGUAAUAGGUGUUAUUUAGUUAGGGUGUGAACUUGCUGGGUUUAGUUUUCUCAGGGCAGUGUUUUUUCUUUUGUUUGUUUUUGGUUUUUGUUUUUUGUUUUUCAUUUUUCUUUUUUCUAGGGCAGUGUUUUAAACUGCUCUGUUCACUGUAGAAGCUCUAGUUCCUAGAACAUAGUAGGCCUAAGAUAAAUAUUGUUGGAGCCCUUAGCAAUCAUUGGUGAAUUCACCCUCUCCUUUGACAUUUGGAGAAAGAGGGGUAAGAGGGGGAAGGGACUUGUCCUUGUCCAAGCAGGGACUGAGUGGCUGAGCCAGGAGGAGCCCAACAAAAAGAGUGGACCCAGCUCUGUGCCAGCCAGCACUAAGCAUCCGUUGUUUGGUUUUGCUUUCACAAGAGCCCAAGAGGUAGCUGUUUUUAUCCUCUGACUAUUAACUGAGGAGUCAAGCAGCAGGGGAGGAAGGAGCUGCUCCAACUGACUGAGAAGCUCCCACCAGAGGCCUGGAGGUCUUCAUCCUGACGUUUGGCCAGCCUGGAAGCCUUCUAGACAUCCUCCAAGACAUGCCCAUGUCACCAAUCAUUUGAGGGCUCUUUUGCUUGAUUCAGAUGGAAAUCAUAAGUUGGCAAAGUGCAUUUUUGCUGGUGGCUCUGAUGACACCAGCUGACACCAGUUAAUGGCAGAUGCCGCCAGUCAACAUUGCCCAUACCUGGUCUCUGCUGAAGAUCACUGAGUGCUGGUCUCUCAAGCUCUCCAGGGCUAACAACCCCUAGAAUUUAUUACUUUUUCUUUUAAAGUAACUGCUAUGGUCAUGAUAAGAAUCCAAAGUAGAUUUACAGGACUUUCCAAGCCUACACUGCCUAAGAAAAAAAAAUCAUGAGCAGAUUUAUAGGACCACCAGAGCAAGGCUGUAUUUGAACCUAUGCUACACACAGGCAGUCAGUUGACCAGAGGGAGCCCUCCUAGACUAACUCCAGGAGUAUGAGAGGAGUGCUGCUUAUGUAGCCCCAAAAGGCUGGUAAUUGGUGUAAAUUUGAGCCGACUGAUUGAUUCAAACUGGUUUGAACUGGGGCCAGACUAAUUGGAGCCUAUUGAAUGGUCCAAAUUCAGUUCUAAUGCUUGGUUUAAAUUUGAACCUGCUCAGUCAGGGUACACAUCUUCUGGAGUGGUGUGGGGUGUCCAGGACAGCUGCAGCUGUCAUAAUGGCGGAGAACAUCUGGAGACUUGAGCUGUUUGAUUGACAGCUGUCCCAUCUCCAUGAAAAAUGCUCCCUGCCCAGUCCUCUAGCCAUGGCCAUGGCAGUAGCCCAGAGGUUCAGCCACCUACUGUCCAGCCUGUGGCACGUUGGACAGGAGUCUCUGCAACCAGAGCCCGUUUUCAUGGUGGACCGAGCCCAGGUGCCACCCCUUUUCUGGAAGCCAUACAUCUAUGUGGGCUACCGGCCGCUGCAUCAGACCUGGAGCUUCUACUUCCGAACCCUCUUCCAGCAGCACAACGAAGCAGUGAACGUCUGGACCCACCUGCUGGCUGCCCUGGUGCUGCUGCUGCGGCUGGCCAUCUUUGUGGGGACCGUGGACUUCUGGGGAGACCCGCACGCCCUGCCCCUCUUCAUCAUCGUCUUUGCUUCUUUUACUUACCUCUCCUUCAGUUCCCUGGCGCACCUCCUGCAGGCCAAGUCCGAGUUCUGGCAUUACAGCUUCUUCUUCUUGGACUAUGUGGGUGUGGCCGUGUACCAGUUUGGCAGUGCCCUGGUACACUUCUACUAUGCCAUCGAGCCUGCCUGGCAUGCCCAGGUGCAGGCCAUUUUCCUGCCUACAGCUGCUUUUCUUGCCUGGCUUUCCUGUACCGGCUCCUGCUACAACAAGUACACCCAGCAGCCGGGUUUGCUGGGCCGCAUUUGCCAGGAGGUGCCCUCGGCGCUGGCUUAUGCACUGGACAUCAGCCCUGUGGUGCACCGCAUCCUGGUGUCCCCUCACCCCGCCUCGGAUGACCCUGCUCUUCUCUACCACAAGUGCCAGGUGGUCUUCUUUUUGCUGGCUGCUGCCUUCUUCUCUACUGUCAUGCCUGAGCGCUGGUUCCCAGGCAGCUGCCACAUGUUUGGGCAGGGCCAUCAGGUUUUCCACAUCUUCCUAGUGCUCUGCACUCUGGCUCAGCUGGAAGCUGUGACACUGGAUUACGAGGCCCGGCGGUCCAUCUAUGAGCCUCUGCACACCCACUGGCCCCACAAUUUUUCUGGCCUCUUUUUGCUUACCGUGGGCAGCAGUGUCCUCACUGCAUUCAUUCUCAGCCAGCUGGUGCGGUGCAAGCUCAGUCAGAAGACCAAGUGAAGAGGGUGGCAGCUGGUACAGAGUGUGGUGUAGUGGGGGACGGGUCUGGGUUUGGCUCCAGAUGGGAACAAUGCCUGGUGAAAUUGUUUGUGUCUGACCCCCACUGACUCCCUGCACACACCUCAACUACAAGGGUGGCACUGGCCAGUCCUUGGACUUGGGAUCUGCCCAGCUCCUUCCCCUAGAAGAAAGGAGAGAAGGGUGUGUGCCACUCUGGCUUGUCCUGUCACUCAUGAAAGCUCAGGGUGGGGGCCAGCUGGGGUCAGGACCCAGGUUUGGGGCUUUCAGGUUGCCUGGGUAGAAGGUGAAACAGUCUGGAGUCUGAUUUGAGCUGAGAGGAAGGGGAGGCCUCAGCGGGCCACCUGUACCCGCACUGCACUGGUGGAAGGGAGAGGGCAGGCCCAAAUACCUAUAGGACCUUACCGUUCCUUGAACCCCUGCCACCUGGAUUGCUGAGCUCUAGAGAGCCUGAAAAUGUAGGUUGUGCCAGACAAUCCCAUUCAGUGCCCUGUACCCCUGCCGUCACCACUCCAGUGGGCCCUAGCUCAGUAGCUCUGGCCUGUGUCCCACAUAGCCCUUCUCAGAUUCUUUCCCAGUUUCCUUGUUCAUGAUUCAACUAUCUGUUCAGUGUUUCUUAGACCUCUGCUCAGAGGCAGCCAUUGGCUGGGCCCUGUGGAUCAACGCAGGAUGACAAAGCCUUUAAUACCAGAAUGAAACUGUCAAAGGAAGCACUGAGAUGGGAAUAAUCUGUGCUGCCUAGGGUACUCAGGGUUUUGGGUUGGGAAGAAUGAAUCAGAGUUUGCAGACAGAUGGGUGUGUCAGACAGGGUUGUGGGGGAAACCCGUACUAAGGCCCAGAGGUAUGGGAGUUCAGUGGUGCCUGAGCUAGGGGUGGACUGGUCUGAUAUGUACUGGAUACAAUAAAGUGACUGUGAAAACA